AAUGAUUCGAACCUGACUUUCUCUCCAGACAAGACAAUGUUGGCCGAGAGGAUUCCGGUUCCAUCCAGUCCUGUCCCCAUAGCAACCAUCGACUUGGUCCAGCAGCAGCCGGAGGACGUCCUGCCGCGCGUGGAGCCGCGCCUCCCACCCAAGAAGACCAAGCACCAGGAGGAGCAGGAGGACGCCAGCAAGCCCGCCUGGAGCGUCAGCGCCUCCCCCUGGGUGACCUUUGUCUACGCCCUCUACCAGGUGAAGGAGAUGAUGCUGCUCGCCAGGGAGAGCCACGCCUCAGAGAUCCAGCCUCUGCAGGGGACCAGUGAGAACCGGGGAGACUCGCCCGCUGCUGGAGCCCGGCCCGCCCCCCGUGACAAGCCCUCCGACCCACCUAGCAGCCAGCCGCCCCCUCCAUCAGCAGCAUCGCAGAGCAGCUCCGCCCACCCCAGCUCCAACCAGCGUGCAGAGGAGGGUGGGGACCCGCAGGCCCUGCCUCGCAACUGGGGGACCCUGAGGGCCCUGCCCACCUCACCCCUGCAUGGACCGGGGCCUCGGGGACCGGGGAGGCAUCCCGAGCCCGGCAACACGCCCGCCUUGAGCAUCGCGCCACACGCUUCUGAGUAUCUGAACCAUCGGCGUGGAGACACACACAUGUAGCCACCAUGCAUAUUGGCAGGAGCUGUUCCACCCACAACCCGCUGGAGUGGCGGGAGGAAGUGGGGUUCGCGGGGACUCCCGUUCACGGGCGGGUUGGGGUAGGUCGGGGUGCAGAGUCACACUAAGUGGAGGGAGGUGAGCGCUGAGGGCGUGUCCCUUCUCAUUAUUUAUUCGUUAUUUGGUUCUUCAUGCGAGCGGGAGGAAGAGCCGCCUCUCUGUUUCUCUUGAAGAGAACCCUUUGGAAAUGGUGCGUAAAGAAUCCAGGGAGCAGGUGACAGUGAGCAGCGGCUGUGCUUUUGUUUAAGAAAAGGAAGGAGAGUCCUCAGGAGCGUGGCCUCGGAGUCCCUCCGAGCUCUGCAGGGGCGUUAUGUCUGCGUGGAAGGCGGGAAAGCAGCCAAGCCCCUGAGCAGAGCUCGGGGACCCUGAGCGGCGCGUCCACAGGCCGUUUGUUCUCCACGGGCUUCAGGACCAGAGCAGGGAACAUUCCAGACCACCCCGCGCCUCCGUGUCCUGGGCCGAGAGGCGAGGGGCGCUGGCCAGGGUGAUGCUGCGAGUCGCCUGGACCAGGCUUUACGGUUCCUGGUGAUUCAGGCUCGACUCGGCUGGCGGGGUUUUCUCUUACUCGCUGAAUUCCUAAGGGUUUCUUUAGCGAAGCAGUGCUAUUUCCAAGUAACAGUAUAACAUGUAAGUGCCUGGGGGAGGGAUACGGCUUUUGAAGUUAUGUAAGGGGUGGGUUUUCGCUUUGUGUGGGGGACAGUCAGACACUGGACUUGGCUGUGGGCUUGCUGCUGUGAACAUACCACUACUGUCGGGGCCACGGCCGGUGACUCGCGCAAAGCUCGCUGCUAACAAUGCAGCCUCGGUCCCCGGGAAGUGGGGAGCCCGGGGAAAGGGAGCCGCUAGGGGAAUGAGGGCCAGUCCGCGUGGAUAGUAGCUGUCGGGGAGCGGAGGAGGAGGAAAGGGAAGGACGGUCAAGAGGAGCCACUCGCUUACCCCCUGGCCCCGUUACACGGGCCAGUGGUAGAGUAAGAGCGGCUCCAUGAAACCUACGUCCGCCCAAAACUGCACGGGGAGGAGAAAUCCCACGCGUGGAUAUCUGGCUCCACAAAACACAGCUUUAAAAAUAAUAAGGGAAAGAAGUGGAAUUAAGCAAACAGUUAUUUUUGCACUUGAACCGAGACGUACUGUACCGUAGAUUGUCAUGACUCAUCUUAAGUGACCUUUCCAAAUCCAAUGUAUUUAUUGUGCUUAUGUGACUUCAGAAAUAAAGACACGUGCGGCAGGCGACCCUCGCCGCGAGUUAACGUACGGCAUGUGGACGUGUGAACUGA